CCCACCAGCACACUGCUACAUAUUUAAAUACACCCGCCCUCUUCUUUGCAUAUCGUUCUUAAAGAAUUAUCCUCGUCUUCCGACCCUCAGCUUGAGCUUGAUACCAGGUUUCCAGCCUCAUAGGCCUCCGAAGUAACGUCCAUCCCGGUCUACCGAUUGGCCUCAUCGGCCCAGCCAGUGGAUCAACCUAUCCAACCGGACCUGAUACUCCAGCAACUACUUGAUUACGCUCCUCGGCCCUGGCCAAGAGUAGUCAUACUUGUAGGCCGUUCAGUACCAUUGAAGUAACCUGCUUGACUAACCCAAAACCUCUGUCGAUUGCCCAGCAUAUCAAAACAAGUCAGCUAGAAAGCUGCAUUAGUUCUUCAACGAUCAAGUCCACCAACACGCCCAUCUCGUUUGUCUGUGCUCAGCUAGGAUGGCUACCACCGGUCUCUAUACCCUCAACGAUCCCGUCCAGCAGGAUCAUCCUAACUACGGGCCCCCACUCGAUCAAGCCAAUCCAAUCACACCCUCCGUUCCUAUUCACCAGCUGCAAGACCAUCAAUCUUCAUAUGACCCCUAUCGGGAUCCCACAGCUAGCUUGGCCACCCAUUACAUCGAAUGCAGCCGAGACAGUAGCGGCAGCAACACCAAUAACGGCCAAGAUAGCCAUCUUGCCAGUAAUGACAGCUCCCCAUUUGGCAGUAACGGUAAUCAGCUCACACCCAAUAUGGAUGCCAACACAAACUUCCAAGCUAUCAUGACUGCAAUCGAUGACCCUUCCACACAACCCAACCAACCUCUGGCUUCCAUCGAACCUGACCCCAGCAUUUCCAAUGCUAAGCCAGCAAACCAUGCGAACUCACAUGAUCCUGCCCUUGACGAAGAUGCCCCACAUGAGGAGGACGACGACGAAGGUAGCGAUAAUGACUCAUCAUUUAUUAACCCGCCGGUUUUGACUGGUGAUACCUAUCAAGAUGGUAGUAUCGACCCUAAUCACCCCCUCACCACCUCCAACCUUCAUUCCUGGUCUCAUCCUCAAACCUCCCAUCAUCAGGAAAUAGAACAGAAACCUGAAAUACCCUCGUCAAGCGAACCUUUGUCCACCAGAAAACGGAAACGCACCUCCGAUCAAAACGGGUCCGUCAAGACGCCUGCGCGCCGUGAAUCUGGCCGACCCAAGCAGACCCCUCGGGUCAAGAGUGCUGAGCAGGUGGCCCGAGAGGCUUUGAUUGAACAGCAAAACCCACACGCAUCCAAGAACGAAUUGCGCUCGCUCAAGCUGCGUGCCUUGCAUGCCAUUCGGAUUGCUGAGCGAGAGUUGAACAUGCCCGAGGCUGAGAAACAGAGACGGCUUCGGUUGAGAGAAUAUGUACGCCACAAAAGGGCUGAAGAGCGUAGUCUUAAGGGUUCAGGAAAAACAGGAACUACCGGGGCGGAGGCUGAGUUAAAACCUCGAAGUGCAAAAUCGGGUUCGCGCAGUUCAAGUCAAUCUGCAAAAAUCAAACAGGAGGUCGAACCUUCCGAUCACCAAGAGGAGCCGCAGGCGACCAAUUCUCACCUCCCAAUGGCAGUAUCUUAUCCGAACCAAUCUCAACAACUUCCAAGUCCUUCCGCCCCCUCUCCUAUGAAUGACUUGCCCGACAAUCAGCUUGCACCCAAUGGGCACACUUCAAAUUCUAAGCGGAAGGCAGCACCUAAGAAGUCUGAGAAGCCACCGAAAGGCAAAUCAGCUCCACGCGCCAAGCGUUCAGUGGCAUCGUUAGAGGCCGAGAUCAAGAGGCGAAACCCUAACGCUUCGCCAACUCAACUGAAAUCACUCAAGCUUAGAGCUCUCCAUGCCGACCGAAUCGCCGAACGAGAACAAAACAUGAGUGAGAAAGAUAAGAUUCGUAGACAGAAACUACGAGAGUACAUGCGAAGACGCAGAGAGGAGGAGCGUGUAGAGAAAGGACAGGCACCAACCGAGUUGAGUUCCUACAUUGAAGCCAAAGUCGCAUCGGAUUCGACCUUGAGAUAUCGAAGAUCUUUGGACUCGAGUACUAGCAUGAAUGAAGAAUCCCAGGUUAACCCAGACGAUAGCUCGAUGUCUGGGUUAACGGCAGCUCCACUAGUACCGGAGGGGAUGAACGCAGACGAUCGCCUGGCGGCCUUUUCGAUGAUGGAAUUGACGAACAACUACCAGCACCAAUUUGCACAGCCCCAUCACGUCCCAGUCCCAUCGCCCAACCUCCACCUGCAUCCGCUCUUCCAGAUGCCGAUGGGCCAACCUUCGAUUGAGGUCCCAUCACCAUACGACUCGAUCCACACGGGCUAUCCAGCGAUGACGGAACAGUGGGCACACGUCCCUCAGCCAGAUCCGAGCAGCCUACCGGCGGAUGAGAUGGCUGAGAAGGCGCUCCAUGCGGCGCUCGAGGAAGCUAUCUACAUGAAGCCUCAUGACCAUAACCAGAUCCCGCUCGGCGAACAACAACAACAACUCCAUCACCAUCAUCCGCACUAUUCACCUACUGAGCAAUCUAUCGAGGCUGACAGACUGGCCAGGUUGGAGCAGGAACGCAUUCAACUUGCUGAGGACGAGAUCUUGGGGAUCGAACGUGCCCGCGAACUUGCAAUGAUCGCCGCCGCUGCUGCUGAGGUCGAACAUGCCCAACAGAUCUCUGGAUCUACCUCCUCACAUCGUCUGCGUUGAACCCUCCCACUUGAUCUAUCUCACAUCUCUUCUACUUUUCUUCUCGUUUUAUCAUUUUGAUCUUAUCUUUUUCCAUACUCUUACACGGAACCAGUCGGCAACAGCAAGAAUACACCUCCCCCCUUUUUUGGUUUCUUCUUCUUGUGUCGUUUCUAUUCUUAUAUUAAGACCACAUAUCCCCUCGACAAAACGAAAAAAAAAAUCUAUCCCACUCGCCUCUCAUGAUUGAAAAUGAACUUUGCUGUUUCUAAAUGAUUUUUUCUUUCUUUCUUUUCCUUCCUUCCUUUCUCCGUCUCCUUUUUUCUUUUCGUUUCCUCUUCACCUCCUUUCCUUUUUGUUUUCUGGUUAUUGGUUAUCUAAACGGUCGGUUGAGUGAAGUGUUAUCUCAAUCAAUUCUAAACAGGUCUUUUUCCGCGCAAAUGUUG